CCCCCGUGGGCUACCAGGCCUGCGGUGCUCGGUGCUCCUUCCUCCCCGCGCCCCUACCCACGGGCCGGUCCCCGUCUCCCCGCGUCUGGAGCACGGCUGUGCGGCUGCGCGCGGGCGCGGUUUUCGGUGGUUCGGCGCGUCCCGCGACUCGGCGCACCCACCCCCGGGGCCACCCAGACGGCGCCCACGGCGAGGGCUAGGCGCAGAGAAGUUUCCUGGCCCCUGAGCCAGGGGACGCUUAGGUGACGACCGCCCCGGUGGUCGCCGAGGUCGGGGCACCAUGGAGGAGCCUCCGUUGCGGGAGGAGGAGGACGAGGAGGACGAAGAGGGCGCCCUGGCCAAGAGCCCCCUGCAGCUGACCGCGGACGACGUGUACGACAUCUCCUACGUGGUGGGCCGCGAGCUCAUGGCCCUGGGCAGCGACCCCCGCGUCACGCGGCUGCAGUUCAAGAUCGUGCGUGUGAUGGAGAUGCUGGAGGCGCUGGUGAACGAGGGCGGCCUGGCGCUCGAGGAGCUGAGGAUGGAGAGGGACAACCUCAAGCAGGAGGUGGAGGGCCUGCGGAGAGCCAGUGUGGCAGGAGCCCCGGUAUGCAGGGCUCGGGGAGGCCAGAAGGAAGCGAUGACUACCCCACCCCACCCCCAUGGACUUAUGGAUGGUUGUCAUAUGGGAGCUGGGAAUCGAACCCAAGUCCACUGCGAGAGCAGCCAGCGCAGUGAGCUUCUGAGUGAACCUUGGACCGGACAAAAUGGUGGUGGAUCUGACAGACCCCAACCGGCCCCGCUUCACUCUGCAGGAGCUGAGGGAGGUGCUGCAGGAGCGCAACAAGCUCAAGUCGCAGCUGCUGCUGGUGCAGGAGGAGCUGCAGUGCUACAGGAGUGGCCUUCUUCCACCCAGAGACGCUCCAGCGGGAAGAAGGGAGAAGAACGCUGCAGUUACCAUGGGCAACGGCGAGAAGGAGGAGUGGACCAUCAUGAAGAAGCUGUUCUCUUUCCGGUCGGGGAAGCAUACCUAGAUUGAAGGCCACCGCUAAGGUAGUGACCCUCUGUACUUGACAAUUGCCAAGAUGCCUUCAGGAACCAUCUUUCUGUAGUGUGUGUGCCUUGGGCCUGUUCACUCAUUUCUCCCUCAAAGCAAAGGAAGAUGUUCUCAUGGCCCACCUUUUCCCUGGGGACAGAACUGGACAGCCACCAAGCUUUGGCCGGUGUGACAACAUGAAAGACUCCAGAAAGCAAAGGAACAGAGCAUGGCCACAUUCUUCCUCCACACAUGCAGGGAGGCCUCUGGUCUGCAGCCUGCUCAAUGAUAAUCCGGUUUUUAACACAUGGCAGGGAGAGACAAAAAAGUGGGAAAAUACAGAAGUGACUUCACUGAUAUUUGGUGAAUACUUGAUCCUUCUCAUGCACCCUUCUCUACAUGACUUUUGUAUUAAAGUGGACUUUGAUAGUUUC